AUGUCUUCCAGCGACGAGUUCUUGCCAUUGUUCUACUCGAGCUGCUCCUCCAACUUGGCGCUGGCAGUCUCGCUCUUCGUCACUGUGCUAGCAGUCGCCGCGGCGGUGGUGCGGGCGUUUUCUUCAUGCUUGACCGCGAAUGUCUAUUCGCCAAAGAGCGCAAUGAGCUGGAGGGCUCACUCUACCAAGCAGCGUAUUGACGUUGACGUGGGACGCCUCCUCGACGCGUGCGACGAAUUUCUCGCGUUGCAGCGCGCAAUGGGCGGUGCUAUGGCCGCCCCAGCGCGGUACUUCGAGGCAAACAUCCAGUCUGUCAGGGAGGGGUGGAGGCCCGACAAGACUACUGGCGAAAUGACGAUGCGGGAACUCCUCGAGGCCGAGGCUCGGACUGGCAUCCACAAGGCGGGCGGCGUUCUGAAGGACCCAAGCGCCGCAUGCGGGCUGCUUUGGCUACGCCGGACCAUUGCAUUUCACUCUACUCUCUUUGGUGAUGUUGCAGCGAGCGAUCCUAACGACACGCUCAGCCCACGAAAUGCAGCGCUGCAUGCGUACGCUGUGGAGCUAGAGCCGUUCCACGGCUCGCUUCUUCGUCGCGUGUAUCGGUUUGGCUUACCGCGUGGGAUGCUGCCCAGGGCCGCAUUCCUCGCACGGCUGCGUUCCACGACCGCUCCGUGCGAGGACGAGACGCUGCUCCAAGGCAUGCGCGACCUCGUUGCGGAGUGGAGGCCUCUCUUGGAGGAGUGGCGCCGGCUGUUUGUCGAGCUUGAUCUGGAGGACCCCCGAAAAGUGUAG